AUGGCCACUUCCACGCAAACCAGAUCCAUCGAGGAGAGAACCUCAGACGGCCCCGCCGGCGUCCGCGGCAACCUCCUCGUCGGCGGCCCCCUCGCCGCCUUCCUCCCCGCCCCCAUCUCCCAAGCCGCCACCUGGUGCAAAGCCGACCUCAAAGCCCUCGGGCGCCUGCUCAGCCGCGAAGCCCGGUCCAAAUCGACCGACAUCCUGCUCGCGCCGACGGUGUGUUGCGUGCGGAAUCCGCUGGGCGGGAGGAAUUUUGAGACGUUUUCGGAGGAUCCGUUCUUGAAUGGGGCGCUGGGGAUUGAGUAUGUGGCUGGGGUGCAGGAGAGUCGGGAGGUUGUGGCUACGGUUAAGCAUUUCGUCGCGAACGAGCAGGAGAGCGAGCGGUUCAGCAUCAAUGCCGUAAUUGAGGAGCACGCAUUGCGAGAAAUAUACCUGCGUCCGUUCGAAAUGCUCAUCCGGUCGGCCACACCACCAGGCUGCGUGAUGACGGCGUAUAACCAGGUAAACGGCGCUCACGUGGAUAUGAGCAAAACCCUAAUCCAGAAAACACUCCGGGACGAGUGGAAAUUCGACGGCCUCGUGAUGAGCGACUGGGGCGGUACCAACUCGACCGUCGAGAGCGUUAUCGCAGGUUGCGACCUCGAGAUGGCCGGACCUUCAGUCCACCGUGGACAAAAACUCAUGGAUGCGCUCAUGACCAAGCCGAAUCCCGGGCUACGAGAUGCCAUCUACCGGUCGUGCGGAAGAGUCCUGUCGUUGGCGAAGAAGAUGAACCUGCUCGGCCUUUCCCCUAAGCAAGUAAGAGAAUCACGCAACCGCACCGAGAUCUCCGCGAACAACGCGCUGGAUCUGGAGGAGUUGCGGAGGAUAGCGGCCAGUGGGCACGUGCUGCUUAAGAAUGCGACUGGUACCCUUCCACUCAGACCUUCUGCUCUGCAGGGCAAGAAGGUUGCUUUCGUCGGUCCGAAUUCGAAGGUCUGCAGUCCCGGUGGAGGCGGGUCGGCGACCAUGAAUCCUCAGUAUCUCAGCCAUCCAUUCGAAGCAUUCAAGCAGGCGCUUACGAGAAGGGGCAUUGACGCGGAGGUACAUCAUGCCCCUGGUGCGUACACAACGAAAUGGCUGCCGCUUUUGCAUUGCGACCAGUGGACAACAUCUCCGUCGCGGACACCAGAAGCAGAACACGAGUCCAACUUCCUCCGCGUCGACUUCUUCGCAUCCCCUGAUCUGAGGGGUCCAAUCUUCGAAACGCAAUACCGCAGCAUCUCAAGCAUUGACCUGACAGACUCAGGUCCUCCAUCUCUGCGGGAAAGCGGACAACCGUAUUCGUUACGGGUAACGUCGCACGUCAGGCCCAAGACCUCCGGCAAGCACGCCUUUGGUAUCGCCAGCGUCGGCCACUCCAAGCUCUGGGUCGACGGGCAAUGCCUGAUCGAUAAUUACGACUGGACGCAGCGUGGCGAGGCCUUCUACGCCUUUUCGAGCACCGAGGCAUGCGCGUCUGUUCAAAUGGAUGCGGAUCAGUGGUAUGAAGUCGUGCUCGAAGCCGCGUCCAAGACGGGGCCGACGUCGCAACACGACGCUCCUCCCACCCACGUAUGGAGCACGCACCCCUCCGUCCGACUGGGCUUCCUCGAAGAGCUCGCUGGGACUUUGAUCGCCGAUGCCGUCGCCCUGGCCAACGAGUCCGACUACACCGUCGUCGUGACCGGCCUGAACGAGGAAUGGGAGAGCGAAGGCUACGAUCGCCAGACGAUGCGUCUCCCGGGAGUUCAAGACGAGCUCGUGAAAGCACUGUUGGACCAGACGACAAAAGCGGAGGACGUCAUCAUCGUCAAUCAAUCCGGCUCUGCGGUGGAGAUGCCGUGGGCGGAAAAGGCGUACACGAUCCUGCAAGCUUGGUAUGGCGGCCAAGAGGCAGGAAAUGCGCUUGCGGACGUCCUGCUGGGCGUCACAAGUCCUUCCGGGCGGCUGCCGUUUACCUGGCCUCGACGAUACAAAGAUCUACAUUUCAGCGGUUCAAAAAAGGCGUGGCCAGGUGUCGACGGAGACGUGCAUUAUUCUGAAGGAACGGAUGUGGGAUACCGAUGGUAUUUGAAGAACCAAGUGCAGCCGCAGUGGUGGUUCGGUCAUGGGCUAGGGUAUACGCGUUUCAAAGUCCAGGAGCUGAGGGUCGUGGAGCGACCAGGGCAAGGUUGGGACGUGGUAGUGAGAGUCCAGAACACCGGAUCUGUGGAGGGUCGAGAGGUGGUGCAGGUCUAUUCGUGGCCGCAGGAUCGGGUGGAUUCGAAAGAGCUAAUGGCCUUUGAGAAAACGAGGACCUUAGCUGCUGGAGCCGAAGAGACAGUCACGCUGCAGGUGCAGCUGAGAGACAUGGCACACUGGCGGGAAGGCCGCUGGAUACUCGAGGCCGGUACAUAUAUGUUGGGCAUUGGCGAGAACGCUGGGACGAUGGACAUGGUCGUUGAGCCUGUCGUACUCAAGGAGACCAUGACCUGGGAUCCUUAA